AUGGGCUCGUCUUCUCAGAUUCUCCAUAUCAUUUUUCUCAUUAUAACCAUUUUCAUGUUCUUAUCAUUACGAAGUACCCACGUUUUGAUUGCUGAUGCCUCUUUGGUUGCAGCAGAGUACUUCAAAAUUCAUGGCCUACAAAAGUUGGAUUUCAUGGAGGGAAGUGAAGAUGGUAAUGAGAAGCAGAUUGAGAAAGUUUCUGGAGAGGACAAAAGUGAAGAAAAAGAAACUACUAUAGUGCAAAAAUUCAGAGCUUUACUUGGAUUGAGAAGCUUCAAAACAAGAAGCUCACUAAAUGAAUUCGUUUCACCAGCGCCAUCUCCUUCACCCACCAUAGAAGCUGAGACUCCAGCUCCUGCUUCAAUGUUGCCAAUCCUAGUUCCUUUCCAUCCUCCGUCACAUCACUCAAAUUCAAUCGCACCAGCGCACAAGAUUCUAGUGAAGCACAGAGAUAAGGGCAGAUUUAGAAGAAUUCUAGCAGCAAUUCUAGUGUCUGCAGUAGCUGCCUUCAUUCUCUGUGUCCUCGGGCUUGUCUGGGUCUCUGGAAAAUUCAGAAAGAACAAAACAAUAUCUGCAAGAAUGAUGUCCGUGUAUAAGAAAAAGGCAAGAACCAGCAGUAAAUCUAAGUAUAUAUUUUCGCAAAGGUCAGCAAGAAAGGUGAGCUUAAAUCCUGGCCUUGAUCUCUUGUAUCUCAAUUCAUUAGAAAGGGAUUUAGAGCAACAUAAUACUACUUGUCUUAAACAAAUUCCUGAAGCAUUAGAUACGUCACCAGAUCAUAACAUGACAAAAUGUGCAUUUCAUGAGAGGAAGGAAUCAAACCAAGAUGUGAUAAGAAAAUCAGAGUCUGAUAAUGCUAGUAGUUCUUCCACAAGGGAAAUUAUGUCUGUUCAUGAGGAUGUAGAAUCUCUUAAGAUUGAAUCUGAUAUUGGGAAUUCUUACACUGAGGAUAAAGUUAUUACCAUUGAAGGCCAAUAUUCCUCGGAUGAUGAAUCUUUUCAUUCUUUUGUUGAUUCACAUUCAUCUCAUAUCAGGCUUUCCAAUGCUUCAGCUGAUAGUUUUAGUGACAUGUCAGAAAUAUUCCCUUCAAAUGUGACCAAGGCAUCACCAUCUCCUCUAACUUCUCCCCAGAAUUUAGAUAUUCCACAAGCAACUUCAGAAUGCAGCUCACAGCCUGCUUUGAAUUUAGAAGAAAAAUUUCCUCAAUCUCCGGAAAUUCUCAGAGCAGAAGAUCUCACAGUUUCAUCUCCGUCAGAUUCUGAUGAGAAUUUUUCACCUUCAUGCCCUCCUCUGCCUCCGCCUCUGCCUCCACCUGCUUUUGCACCAAGUGUGCCUUUCAUUCCUUCGCGCACACCUUCCUGGUCUACCAGAAAUACAGAUAAGGCUUCAUGUUCUUCUCCUUUCACGGAUUUAUCAUCUCCUAGGAAGUCGGAUUCUUCUUCAAGAUCAGAUCAGACACCUCCAAUUGACUUGCUUUCAUCACCCCAAAGAUCUCCUCAGAAUUCACGAGCUCCAUUGAGCAUCCCUCCUCCACCAUGCCCACCUACAUUUCUACAAGAAAAUAGUAGCUCUGCCAAAGGCCCGCCUCCUCCACCAUGUCCACCUCCACCUCCACCUCCACCUCCACUUAUUCAUAGUAGUUCUUCUAAAUGUCCACCUCCUCCACCAUGUCCACCUCCAUGUAUAAGAGGAAAUAGUAGCUCCAACAAAGGCCCACCUCCUCCACCCUGCCCACCUCCAUUUAUAAAAGGAAAUAGUAGCUCCACGAAAGGCCCACCUCCUCCACCAUCUCAGCUUCCACAAUAUGCACAAUAUGGAAAAGAUGGAGCUCAACUGCCAAAACUAAAGCCUCUUCAUUGGGACAAAGUUAGAGCUGCACCAGAUCGCAGUAUGGUGUGGGACAAGCUAAGAUCAAGCUCGUUCGAGUUAGAUGAGGAGAUGAUUGAAUCACUUUUUGGAUACAACUUACAAGGCAACAUGAAGAAUGAUGAAGCAAAGAGCAAAACCCCCUCUCCGAGCAAGCAUGUCCUAGAGCCAAAGAGACUACAGAAUUUAACCAUACUCUCAAAAGCCUUGAAUGCGACUCCUGAGCAAAUAUGUGAAGCUCUAAUAAGAGGGGAUGGCUUGUGUUUGCAACAACUAGAGGCACUGACAAAGAUGGUACCCACCAAGGAAGAAGAGGCUAAGCUUGCAGAGCAUAAAGGAGAUAUCAAUGAAUUGGGUUCUGCAGAAAAGUUCCUUAAAGUAAUUCUUACAAUACCAUUUGCCUUUCUUAGAGUUGAAGCAAUGCUUUACAGAGAAACUUUUGAAGAUGAGGUGAUUCAUCUGAGAAACUCUUUCCUAAUGCUGGAGGAGGCCUGCAAAGAACUCAGAUCAAGCAGGCUCUUCUUGAAGUUACUGGAAGCAGUACUCAAAACAGGCAAUCGUAUGAACGUUGGAACAAUUAGAGGAGGAGCUAGAGCAUUCAAGCUAGAUACCCUCCUCAAGCUUUCUGAUGUGAAGGGCACAGAUGGCAAAACCACCUUACUUCAUUUUGUAGUCCAAGAAAUAAUUCGAUCAGAAGGGAUUCGAGUAUCAGAUAGCAUUAUGGGAAGGAUCAAUCAGAAGAACAAAAGCAAAACCAUUGAAGAACGUGAAGAAGAUUACAGAAGAAUGGGUCUAGAGCUUGUUUCUGGUCUAACUACAGAACUCUACAAUGUCAAGAAAACAGCUACAAUAGACCUUGAUGUUCUUGCAAGCUCAGUAUCAAACCUUUCAGAUGGAAUGGCUAAACUGAAAAAUCUAAUAUUCAAGGACUUGUUGACAGAUGAAAAGAGAGGAAAUUUUGUGCAUUCGAUGAGAACAUUCUUAAAUUAUACAGAAAGGAAUCUGAAGGGAUUGCAGCAAGAUGAACAUAAAGUUCUAUUACAUGUAAGAGAAAUUACAGAGUAUUUCCAUGGAGAUGUGAGCAAAGAGGAAGCUAACCCACUUCGUAUAUUUGUGAUUGUUAGAGACUUUCUGGGGAUGUUAGAUCAUGUCUGUAAAGAGCUUAGAAGCCUGAAAGUCCCCAACGCUCCAAACCCUCUUGCUCCUUUUCGGUAGAUUUUGGUGUGGUUAUAGGAGAACAUCGUCAAACCACCAACUAAAAAUGUAAUAUUUCUUUUUUUU